AUGACUUCAGCAAUGAGAAUAUUGUCAUAUGGUGUCGCAGCAGAAGCAGUUGAUGAUUACAUAUGUGUCGGAGAAAGCACUGCAAUUCAAAAAUAUCUGAGAUCUCCGACACCAACUGACAUUGCUAGAUUACUUGCUAUUGGGGAGAGACAACAUUUUGCAAUGAUGCAAGAGUCUGCCAGGAAAGAUGUAGAGUGGGCAUUCGGAGUCCUUCAAUCUCGAUUCGCAAUUAUAGGUGGUGCUAUACGUUUUUGGGAUCCGAAAAUGCUUGCCAACAUAAUGAAGAGCUGCAUUAUAUUACAUAAUAUGAUUGUCGAAGAUGAGAGGGAGGAGCACCUUGAUUUCGAUUAUGAAAUUUCAUCAACCAACACACCAGUGCAACUUUCCUCUACUCCUACCAAUGACUUCCAAUCAUUUUUGUAUCAUCAUUUAGGUAUUAGAGAUAAGGAUGCAUAUCAUGCCCUCCGUAAUGAUUUAGUAGAACAUAUGUGGCAUCUUCAUGGUGAACACUAA